UUACGAAUAUAUAUUGGAUCUAUUGGAUAUAUAAGUCGACAUAAACUUGUUUCAGUAGCAUUUAUUUACUCGUGUACGGCAUUUUUGUACGAUAACGAAGUGUUACAAACGCAUAUCAAUCAGGACUGGUGUCCUUGGCAUUGUGUUAUGUUCAUUUGCUUUAAUGUCGAUGCUCUCAAAAUCAGCUAUACAGUCACGGGUUAUGAAAGAAUAUCGAGAAGCCGUAUCUAAAGACAAACCAGAGAAGUCGCCAUACAGCAAUCCACUUUUCAUCGUUCUUGCUAUUUUGUGUGCAUUGCAGUGUACCUUCACCAUUUGCGUUAUUUCUGGAUUGACAUUUGGCUGGUUUAAAUUAGUUUAAAGUAAGAUGUGAUUCUAUGAUUCACCUGGCAGUCAUGCCCGUGCUAUUCUGUCAGUUGUAGGAGUGUAAUGCAAUUUACCAUCCUGAAGGCUUCUUUGCUUCAAGAUGAAGAUAAUUAGAAGCCGUUCUGGACGGUAUGAAGCUGCACGCUCUCAUCUUUUUAGCAGGUGUGUUUCUGACCCAUAGUGCCAGAGGCAAACCACAGGGCAACCAGCCGUUGGUGGCUCGCGGGUCGAACGUAUACGGCGCCGGCGCCGGCUUCAACCCGGGGCCGUUCCCAGCCGUGCCGCAGGACCAGCCGAGCCCGGCGUUCCGCCAGGGGCGAGUGGAGCAGCCGGGGCUGCGGCAGCCCCAGCGGCCGGCGCCCGUGGCCCCCGCCCCGGCCCCCGCUCCGGCCCCCGCCCGCUCUCCGGUACAGACGCCGCAGCAGGUGCCUGACAACGGCAUCAGCGAUGCUCUGCUGCCGCCGGCCGGCCAGCCGACUCCGCUGGAGGAGAUCGACCUACGGGUAACCGAUCUCACGACCGGCAACCGUCCGGUGGUGGGCACCAGCAACGGCGGCAGCGUGCCCGCCGCCGCGUUCCGCCAGCAGCCGCCGCAGGUGGUCGGCAGCUCGGGCGCCGCGCGGCUGCCCAGUCUGGACAAUGUGUUCGGCGGCGUGCCACCGUCACUGGAGUCACCCGGCGGCGGCGAGAUCGGCGUCGGCGUGCUGAACAGAAACCCGGAGACGGUGGUCGGCUUCGAGCGGAACAGCGCGCAGGCAGGCGGAGAGGAGGAGGCAGUGCCACAGGCCCUCACUGCCGGCUUCCAGCCGCCGAGCUACCAGAGCCAGCAGUCCGGCAACGGGGGACGUGGGUUCCCGCAGCAGCGGCAACAGCAGCAGCAGCAGUCCGACAGCAGCAGCGGAGGCGGCGGCCAGCAGCCGGGCUCGGGUGUGGCGCGAGGCGGUAACACGUACGGCGCCGGCAACGAGCGGGAGGCACCGAAGACGCGGGUUUCCGGCGACCUGGACAUCCAGCCGCAGCCGCCGCGCACCAAGGAGGAGGUGCUCUCGCAGGCGGCGCUGCCCGAUGAGGAGCCACCCAGCCAGCCGACGGCCGGCGUGCGCGCGCUGCCGCCGCCGCAGCAGGACGACCAGGGCGAGGGCCACCACAUGGGCGGCAUCGAGUGGCUGCCCGAGUCGAUCCCGGGCCAGCCGCUGAUCGACUACCCCGUGCUCGUCAGGAUCCCCGACUCGGGCUUCGACUGCGCCAACCAGGAGUACGACGGAUUCUUCGCUGACACUUCCGAGGAUGCCCGCUGCCAGGCCUUCUGGGUGUGCCACAACAAGCAGCAGGACGGUUUCCUGUGUCCGAACGGCACUCUCUUCAACCAGCGUUACUUCACGUGCGACUGGUGGUUCAACGUCCGCUGCGACGAGUCGCCCGACUACUACGAGCUCAACAAGAACAUCGGCGUGGUGGGCACGCGCAUCGACACCCUGCCGGCCGGCGUGGUGGCCGCCGAGUCCAAAGUGCACCCCGUGUUCACGUUGUUGAGUGAGAUGCUGCACUAUCCUCGGGUUCCUCCUGUUCCACCUCACAACACGCUGAGAAAGAAUUCCUCCAGUCCUUCCCGACCAGUCAAGCCUGCCGAAGAUUUUAAAACUUCGGUGAAAAUCAUGGAAAACUUACAGGAUCGUCAGGCUGCAAAACCUCAGCCUUUGGGUGUAGAUAACUCAAAGUUGGCCCGGUCGAAUUCACCUUGGUCUGUCGGCAUGCUACCCCAGUUUAACAUGAAGUUUCGCGACCGGGCUGUCAACUGGCGCUCAGGUGCCGCCGCUGGGAGAGGUGCCAGGUCCUUGCGCCGUCGGAGGCACCGCAAACGCUCCAAGAGACACAAAUCUAGAGCGGCGCCGGACCCGCCUCCGGCCGCGCAGAAUCCAGGUGCGCCCUCCCAGCCGGCCCAGUCCACUGGUCAGAGUGCUCAGUCUGGCACGCCAGAACCGUACAUUGAGACCGUCCAGAAGAUCGACCUGCCCAUGACUGCGUCCGGUACUCCGAAACUGAUGGACGAUGUGACCGUGAUGGAGAAGCAGGGAAACAUCACGCUGUCCCAGUCGGAAAAGCAGAUACCGCUAAACCUAGCUGCCAUGCCCAAAGCAGGGGCUGGGGCGCCGGCGCCGGCGGGGCAGGCCACGGCAAACCAGGCUGCUGGUGGGCCCGCUGCCGCUCCGCAGCCCGCUCCGCCCACGACGCCCCCGCAGCCGCCGCCGGCUGCGCCCGGACCGGCCCCCGGUCAGCAGCCUCCGGCACAGGGCCAGUACCCGCCGCAGGGAUACCCUGCGCCCGGGCAGGCGCCUCCUCCUCCCGUGCCGCCUCAGAGCCAGCCGGCUCCGGCGGGCGCGCCGCCGCCGGGCAGUCCUCCGGUACCGCCACAAGGCCCCCAGCAGCCUCAGGUACCAGCCACGGCGGCGCCUCAGCAGCAGUGGCAGCCGCCGGCCGGCCAGCCGCCGCAGAUGAACCCCGCGCAGGGUCCGGUCCAGCCUCAGGACCAGCCGCCGCCUCCGCAGGCCGCCGCUGCCGCCGGUCCCGGCCAGACACAGACGUCCCCCAACGGAGACAUCGUGGUCGAUGAAGAUGUCAAGGUCGAUGAAGGUGAUAACAAGCCUCCAGUGGAGAAAAAGCUUCAUUUUCCACCUGAUUCCAGCACUGCCCAAUCGGGAAAUCAAAACCAAUCGCCCUCCAGUUCAGGUAACAAUAGUAAUAAUGGAACAGAUGGUGAUGGAGUAUCUAUUGAUGAAGAUAUUAAGGUAGACGAGGAGAACUCGGCUCAUCCUGCGGAAGAGGAGCUGCGAUAUCCUCCCGGUGGAAAGCCAACUUUGGUGGAGGGUGCUGACCACGGUGCAGCCUCCCAUUCCGGCACGACCUCACCCCCAAAUGACUCACAAAAUCCAGCUAAUGUUAGAGAUCCUUCGGCGUUGCAUCAUGAUAUGCCAUCAGAAAAUGCCACACCAGAUGAUACUAGCAAAACAAAAGCCCCACCCACGGACGGAAAAGAGCAGAUUGGUGACAAAAUUCAAAUCACCUCUGAAACCGUCAGCAAGGUAGUUCAAAAUCCCAAAGCGCAGCCAGUUCGGGAUCCUUCGGGCUUGCAGCCGCCUAAGUCAGAUUCAGUGCCUAGCAUGCCACAAAAGAAGACUGAUCAAAAGAGAGAAAGUAUUCGCUCAAAGAAACGAACAAAGGAUUUCCCAAGAGAUUUGAGCAGCGCUAGCCGCAGUGGAGGAAAGCACUACCCUGAAGUGCGAAUAAUAGGAAACAUGGAGCCACUACCGAAGGCUGGAUUAGAUUCAGCCGUUUCCAAAACUGUAAACGCUGUUGAUGAAACAUUAAGCCUUCAGCCGGUUACAUCAGGACAUAGUCGUACAUUUGAUGCAGGAACAUUUUAUCUCUCACCACAAAGCAAAAAUAACUAUCAUGAAGGAUCAUCGAAAAUUUCGCCGAACAAUCCGAUCGGAGUUAAUUUGAAAAUAUUUGUAGAUCAGAAGCCAGUGACGGUGGUGAACAGGAGUGCGUCGAACUAUCCUGCCGCCAGUGGCUAUCCUGUAGCGAGUGGUUAUCCUGCAGCCGGUGGCUACCCAGCGUUCAGCGGCUAUCCUGCAUUCAGCGGCUAUCCCGCAGCCAGCUACCCUGUGGCCGGCUAUCCUGCACAGUAUUCCGCGCCUGUGAAAAGCCGUCGAAUGAUCGAGGCUGAACAGCCAGAGAGCGUGGUAGACGCCUACGACUACGACAUCAACGAGCUCCCUUCUUGGAUGCAGAAGGUAGCCGCCGUCAAGCGUAGCGUCAGCUCCCAACACUCGUCUGCCGAUGUAUCCUCGCACGAGCUUCUGGGCCAGGGAGCGGCCGCGGAGACCGCUGGAGACCCCCUGCAGACGGCCUCACGUCCCGUUCGGAAGGCCGUCCAUGUGCCUGACCCUCAAUCAGCCGAUGUUAAACGAGCACUGGCUGCACCUCGCGUCCAGAAGAUAUUUCAGAGUGCCCGAGAGGAGCUGAUGAAGCUGCUCGGGGGUCCGCAGGAGACCCUGGACUCUGAGAUAGACACACUGCUCGGAAAGCCGCAGUCUGACAAAGAUAAACGAGAAAACGAUAUGAAGCUGCGGCUCGAUUCGAGCAGCCUCACCUCGUAUCCUGAGCUGGGCCUCGACCCGCUCUGAAUGAUCGCCGUGAUCCCAUGUUCUGCAUGAUCUGUAUCAAUUGUAUUCUGCAUGCAUUGCCAUUAUCCAGCGAACAUGCUACCAUCCUUGCUCCUUUCCUCUUCCCGGCCUGCCAGUGCAAGCUCUCAGUAGGGGAACGCUUAGAGCCUUAUAACCUAGCGUCAGUGUCUCACGUGUUUGUUGAGGUCUUUGUUAUUGAUCACUGAUGUUACGACUGACAAUUUUGUCUGCUGACAUACUCAGACUUCUUGAUGCAUGCGUCAAUUGUGUUGUUGAAUAAAGCAUUAUAAUGUU